UUGACCUGGACAGAUACCUCUGGAGCUCGGUGUCGGUCCGUCCUUUCAUGGCUCAGAUCUCAGACUUGCAGGAAGGCCUCAUGCAGUCAAACGACUUCUUACAGGCCCAGAGAUUCCCGCCCGUCAAAGGAUUCACAACUCUCCAAUCUCGACCUCCACAUUGCAUCCUGGGAGGAAUGCCCCAGUCCCUGGAGAAGAUCGGAGUUGUCGUUGUCUUCACAAAGGGGCUCGUGGGAAAAGACUGGAGCUCGACGGAAGCCACUGGAAGCCUGCGACAGGAGGAGUAUCUGAGGCUGUGAAAGCUUUGAGGGGACACUGAGAGGGUGUAUAAGCAUUCCUAGCACUUGCAUAUACCAUCCCUCAACUUGUGUCCCUUCCUCGACUCAAUACACAGUGUUGUCCCCGAGGAAAUGUCCAAACGACAAGGUGGUAACGAAGACGAGGAUCUGAAGACGCCUAAGCGGUCAGACACCAUGACUUCGACAGUGACUCAGCAUUCGACCUUCAGUGGUCCUCACAGGACUGACACUAUAUUGACGCAAGCCACGACAGUGACUCAUCUGUCCGAAGAAAGUGUCGACACCCAAGUCAGUGAUACCUGGGGCCCAGGUGACGAUGCACGGGUAGCCGCUCAAGCUAGAAGAGAUAGCUCGGCGCCUUCCCUGUCACCAGCUCCUCGUACUCAAACGAGCUCAGGAGGGGGAUCUAACUCUAGUGGAUCUGUGCUCGGAAGAUCAUAUCAGCUUCCUCCUGGUCCACCUGAUGGACAUGAUGAUCCUCUUGAGGACGAGGAGGAGGAAGCUGACGAGCGGACGCAGGACGUAGGGUACGACUCUGAGGGAGAGACAGGGAGUGACGAUCAGACUCGCCGAUAG